CGCAAUCCGCCAGCCAAUUGGAGUUGUCCUCAUAUCGUCGCCGAGAGCGACAAGUUAAUCGAUUUGUGUUGUAGAAUCCGAGGCAAAUGAUUAAAAUAUAAUCAAACUGGAAGCAACAGAUUCAUAUCUUAUCGUUGAACAUGCGCGAGGGCUUACUGUGAAUCAUCGCUACUGAAAUACUUUCCAAUUUCUACGCAAUUCCCAGAAGUCUGCUGCAAUCAAAAAAUAAAGUUUCUUUUAGAUUUGUAAACAAAGAAAAUCUAAUUAAAAUAAAAAUUGGAAAAGGUGCAUUAAAAUGGGCGUCGCGGCGGAUGAUUUGCUGAUUACAUUGGCCGUAAUAUGCUUUUGUCUCUUCAUCAUACGCAUCAUUUUGAUUGCCUAUCGCUUUUACCUGCUGAAACGGCUGAAGGAGGCAACGCAAAUCGAACAAGCACGCCGCGAGAUUGAAAUAAGCGUCAACAGCAACAUGAACAAUGGCGGCGUCGAUGGCAGCGUUUGCAUUCAAGCUGAUAAUGACAUGACCAUAUUGCCCAAGGGCAUGGAUCUGCCGCCUAGCUACGAUGACCUUAACAUCAGCAACAAUGCGAAGCAGCAGCCGGGCAACAUGGGCGCCUCCACGCUGACCAUAACCACCGAUUUGGGAUGCAGCAACUCGAAUCUGGCAGCAGCUUUGAAUGAGCCGCCUCCGGAUUAUCAGGGCACCGUAGACAUAGCUGGAGAAAUAGCACCGACAACCACAAUAUCCACAACAACGGUCGUUUCAGUUACGCCCAGAAUCUAAUAUGUUUAAUGCGUUUCAAGUGUAUAAGUACUAACUUAUAUUUAAUUUGAUACAAAUUAUAAUACACUUUAUUAAA